GGGAAAGCUCUUCUAGUGAUUAGGUUUACCAAUAUUACCACACGAAGUGCAAUGUUGUGAAAGUAGAAACAUAUUCUUUAGUGUUUUCAAUCCAUUUUACAUAUAAAAUGCCUAAAAAACAGGCACAAAGAACCAAGGGAAACUUAAAGCCUUCAAGCAGCAGCCAGGCUGCAGAGUUGUUGUCAAGUGCUGGCACUGCACCAACAGGCUUCAUCGGGUUUGGCCAGGGCCCCAAGUAUGUCCCGGUCAGCAGCAGUCUCGAUGAUAUGGACAUCAGUCUGGACUCAGACUUUAGACUGGUCCUCAGAAAGCUCACAAAGCGAGACACGACUACAAAGAUACGGGCACUUCAAGAGCUCGGACAACUGUGCACUGAGAAGUCAGAGGAAGAUUUAAAGGCUGUACUUCCAUUCUGGCCUCGCAUGUUCAACAAGCUGGCCCUGGACAUUGAUUAUCGAGUGCGGGAGGCUACCCAGCAAGCCAUGUCAACGCUGGUCUCUCGAGUGCGGCGCAACCUGGCGCCAUAUCUCCGUAACCUAAUGGGGGCGUGGCUCCUGAGUCAGUGUGAUACAUACCCGACCGUUGCCUCGGCUGCCUGUGCUUCAUUUCAGGACGCAUUUCCGCCCGCUAAACAGGCUGAAGUGUAUGUUUUCUGUAAGGAUAGUGUGAUGGAGUACUUGACUGAGAACCUAGUCACCCAGACCUCUCAGACUCUGAGUGAUGCAAAGACCACUGAGCCAGAGGACAUGGAAAACAAGUAUAACAGAGUGUUAACUGCAUCCCUAUUGGCUAUCAGGAAACUGGUCUCCAACCUGCCAACCAAUCAGAUUCAAUCUUUGAAACUGGCAGUGACUGCAUUGUUAGAAAACCCAAAGUUUUGGAAGCAUGGGAAAAGUAAAGUAUCUUCUGUAAAAGGAGCAAUGUACUCUUUCCUGGCCUGCCUUUGUCAGUCCCUGCCAGAGUUGUCUACCUUGUAUGUGGGCAAGAUUACCCCCCUUGUUCUACACAAUCUGGAGGAGCCUGAUAGUGGAGUGUAUCCUGCUGUGUGGGAGGCAGCAUUGUCACUAGUCAAUUAUGUCAAGGAUUGUUGGCAACAUGUGAGCAUUCAGAAAGCGUUCUGGCCACAGCUGAGGAAAGUCCUGGAGUCCGGUUGUCACGGUAACCCACAGGUCAUUGGUCCAAACAUUCUUCCGUUGCUAAGCAGGAUCCCUAUGGACCUUUUUGCGGAUUGUGCAAGAUUUUAUGAGGAAUUCUUCACUUGUUUCAGAGCUGGGCUAUGUGCAGGAAGUAUUCAGAAAAGCCCGAGUGAAUGUGGGUCCCUGGUUCGAGCAUAUGUAGAAUGUGCCCAGUUUGUGGUUAUGAAAAACACAGAAUCUACCAUUGCAACCAGUGUUCUUUUAGAUCAGGUGUUGCCUGUUCUGGAAGCUUCCGUACUGGAGACCGGUUCAGUUUUAUACAAAACCCCUCUCUACAGUAUGCUGGGAACCUUCCUUAUGACUGUAGAGUGUUCCAACAGUACACAACUGCAGCAGACGACAAAUAAGUUCUGGAACGAUCUGCAAGCAAGUGUUGACCAAAAGUUGUCUGUAAUUGAAGAACUACCAAAGGGAGACAACUUUGAUGAAAAAUUGGCUUAUUUUGUGAAGUGUCUUUACUUUCCGCAGGCAGAUGUCAAGCAAAAAACAGGCAAAGUGAAAUUUGAAACACCAGAAGAUUCAGAUAUUUAUAAAGCUACUCGAAAAAUAGAUUUAUUAACAGUAAAGAGCAAAAAUGAACUAAGCAAUAAUUGUAAAAAAUUUGUUCACCAUUUGACAAUUAGGUCGUUUGAUUUGGCGCACAAACAUUUGAGUCAAAAACAUCUGAAGUUGUUCGCUCAACUGUUGGAAUUGGACCCUGCAGAAGACAUGGUUGCUAAGGUGAUCUCUAGUUGCCAUGGUGAUGACGUUGCUAAGGAAACCACAUCACAUUACUUUGUGUUCCACAUCUGUAUCCCCUGGUUACAGAAGGUGCAGGCGGGUGGGCAAAUGUUGGAGGAUUUUACACACAUAGUCAGGGUGGUGUGUAUUUUCCUGUCAGUCCUGGACACUGACACAAUUACACAACUGCUGGAGAGAUUGUAUGAGAGUUGUCUGGACACACAUUGCCAGUACGUUCUGCUGAGGGAGCUGUUUGCGCGCUCUGGUAGCGUACAGUCAGUAGCAGACUGGUUACACAGCAACGCGUUUGGUGAUAGACUGGUCCUAAACGCAGCUUUUGUUUGUGAGAAACCAGUCAAUACCGAGUGGCAGGUCGAUACAAGCAAUGUCCUCAACAUUCUGGCGCUUGUGUUAGCUACACGGACCCCAACUGACGAGCUUCUAAUUCCUAAGAGCAACGUUGAGAGACUGCUGCACGUUCUAGAGAAACCAAUACGUAACUUGGCCGGCCAACCUGACCUAGCCAGUCGGGCAGAGCUAGCUGUCAGCUUUGUGUCUCAGGCAAUGCUGUGCUUCUUCACCAAGUACACGGAAUGUCUGUCAACUAGUUCUGCUCAAGACCUUCUAUGUUACCUGUUUGAUGUUUCCCUUACCAAUCAGUGUAACGUUUCAGGUGACUGCUUGCAGAUGGCUAGAGAUACCUGGGUGGUAGGGGUGGGGGUUCUAGUGAGACAGACAGGGGGACUCCUCAACACCGAGGGGGUUCUCAUGAGGCUCGCAGACUGUGUCCGGAAACAAGUCCAGGGGCUUGCCAGUCUACACGAACUUGACUGCGCCUUUUUGAGUGUUCAACACCUGCUUGACACGGUGAAAACCAGUCUACCUGAUGGUGCGGAGAACCCAGUCUAUCAGGAAUACUUUUACAGCCUUGUUGGUGUGCACAUGAAAGUUCCAUAUGAUGUGCUGCAAUAUUUGCAAGUAAGAGGUGUCUACCCAGCUAUAAGUGGAAAGAAACACUCAGCAAACGUUGUUAGAACGCUUUAUUCAGCCCUAUUUACUUCAAAACUGCUGAGUCAUGUUGUUGACUCUAGUCUGACCAAUGAAAAUCAAGAACAGGGAGAUAGUGAUGAACUACAAUCUAAGAGCUGUUUUCAUUGGUUGGAAAAUCACCUUGUCUGCUUGAUUGACUGUAUUCAAGCCUUAGAGACAGUAAAGCUGUACUUGGAACAGUACAGAAUGGACAGCCUGAUGGAGCCUUCAUCAGACCUUCACUCUGUGGUGGCCAUCCUGGUAAGCAAUGUGCCACUACAGACACGCACAGAACUGUGGUCGCUGGCGUAUACGAGGAGUAUGGACAACUCACAGUACGUGUUCAGUUUGAAACCUCUGUUACACUUGCUGGGAAGCCAAGCUGGGGGCCAGAUAGAGUUGCCAUUGUCAGUGAUACUGGACAGGUGUGAAACGCUGACCUCAGAUGUCGUCUACAUGCUUCACAUGACCUUGACCUGUCUUACUGCAGCCGACCUUUUGACCUUCACAGAAAUUCUGGUUGCUAGGGUACUGAGUUUGGAUGCCAAUGCGUGCAUAGAAGGAUAUGGUGUUGUUGGCCUAUUGUCUGUGAUAUCACACCUGGUUACCAUGGUGACAGAUUCUCAGCAGCUGUUCACAGGGGUCCUGGAUCAGAUCCUGUCAUGGAAGGAGGAGGAGGAUGUGCUGUUUAUUUAUAGCCGACCUUUGGAUGGAGAAUCAGAAAAUUUAGUGCAGUUUAACCAAGAAGUGUGCAGACUGAUGUGUAACCUUGUGUCCUCGGUUCCAUCAUCUCUCACAGAUCGGCACUGGGACUUUAUUAUGUGCAGCCUGGUGUCUUGGAUGCAGAGUUUAGAGGAAAGUGACAUUCAUCUGGCCAUGGCUUCCACUAUGCAAUGCUUCACUUCCUGUGUCCUUGACCUUGUGUGGCAAGUUUCUGUCUGCUUGGAUUUGAAAGUUGGCAGAGAGCCAGAACAAUUUCCAGCCAAUCUACAAACAGAAUGGACAGAGUUUUUCAGCGAAUCGGUUUACGAAAUUCUGCUCCUUAUGUUUGUGAAAUUGUGUAAGUCAAUCAAGGAUACGACGUUGUGUGGUGCAGACCGCAUUGUCCUGCGCUCACUCUGUAUUGCCACCUCUAGCUGCCCGGAGCGUCUGGUCACCAACCACAAGUUGCCUCCCCUGCUGGUUGCAGGAGAUUUGUCUCCCCUGCCUGAUACUCUUCAGACUCUGUUGAACCAGUUGUGUCCCUUGUUACUGGUGCCUGAGACGUGCGUACAGACGUCUGUGUUCUGUGUAUUAAAUAGGGUGAUAGCCAGACUCCCGGAGUUUGACAAGGAUGACAGACUGAAGGCCCAGUCAGCAGGGGCAACUGGGGGGCAACAAGAGGAGUCUUCACACAGGUCCCCACCCUCAGGCAUAGUCAGUCUGCUAGAAGAAAGUAGUUCUGUGCUGGAUGUGUUGCUAUGUGACACGCCCAUUGACCUGAGUCAGCCAAUCGAAACUGGCACACCAGAGUAUUACUACGCCUUCACUUACCUGCUGUCAUGGAAACUUCUGCUGAAGUUCUUCAAAAGUGCACCUUCUGAGUUACGCCAAGAGUAUGCAGGCUUCCUUCAAGAACAUGGCUACAUGUCGCGUCUUAUGUUCCACAUCUUCAGAUUGAUGCCAAACAACCCCCAGAAAAUGUUCCAGCAGCCCUAUUGCAUGGAAAUCAGAGGCCCAGAGAGCAGUGUGCUGGUGAGGCAGCUGUCCUGUGACGUGUACCAGCAGCUCCUACAGACCAUGCCUGCCAUGGCCCGCACCUGGUGGAAGGAGCAGGACCGCAAGACCGCCGCAUAUGUGGACACGUUUACUUCCAAGCAUGUUAGUCCUCUGCUCUGUACAGAGGAGAUACAGUCUGUACAGAAGACUGAUGUCCUGCUAGAAAACAUGACGAUAAAAGCCCGGCAAUCAACAAGGGAGGUAAUUGCAGUGUAUGGCUUUGAGGAAGUGAGCGUGGAGAUCAUUAUCUCCCUUCCUCCCAACUACCCACUGGGCCCUAUCUCCGUUAGCAGUGAGAAGAGGGUCGGGGUAUCGGGACCACAGUGGGAGAAGUGGCUCCUGCAACUGAACAUCUUCCUGCAACAUCAGAAUGGCAACAUAAUGGACGGCCUGCGUCUGUGGAAGAACAACAUUGACAAGAAGUUUGAGGGGGUGGACGAGUGCAUGAUCUGCUUCUAUGUGCUGCAUGGCACCAACUUCCAGCUGCCCAGAAUAACGUGCAGGACUUGCAAGAAGAAGUUCCACUCCGCAUGUCUGUACAAAUGGUUCAACACCAGUCACAACUGCACCUGCCCCCUGUGUCGCAAUGUUUUCUGAGGGCCUCAAAGUGGGAGGAAGCAUCAUAAGAGUCUCGGUCUGGGAAAAUGGGGCUUAAUGCAUGUUCAUUAAGUAUCGUCCCAUAUGAGCCUGUGCAAUCUGCACAGACUAAUCAGGGAAGGCAUUUUCUGCCUAUUCUGGAUUUUAUUUAGAAGAGAUUUCCCAUAAAUGACAAAUUACAUAUAAAGAGUGGUGUCUCUGAUUAGCCUGUGCAGUCCGCACACUCUAAUCUGGGAUGACACUUUCCGUUUAAAGUGGAUUUUUCAUUUAAAAGAGAUUUCCUUCUAACAACAAAAUUCUGCAAAAGUGGAAAGUGUCGUCAAUGAUUAGCCUGUGUGCAUUGCACAGGCUUAGCUGGGACAAUAUUACGUACAUGCAUUUAGCCCAGUUUUUCCAGAAUUAAACUUGUAUGUUUAAAUGAAUUGUUUCAGAUGAUGUUUGGUUUUCACAACUUGCUACCUGGACCUUCAUGUCACCUUUUUUUAAAGAUAUGAAAAAAAAAUACAAACAAAAUAUCUUGGUGUUUGGUGUAUUAUGUAUAUAUCUUUAUUUAAGUGAUUUAUUUUAAUAUAUUUAUAUAUAUCUAUUGAAUUGUGAAUUUAUAAUGCUAUAUUAAAAUGUUUUAAGCAGCAAGUAAAACAGUUAUUUAAUGAAAAAAAAUUGUAUUCUCAGUUUCAAACAUAACUUUAACAAAUUUGCAUUGACUUAUUAUUGUCAUUUUUAAUUAGUCCCCUACCCGUUUCACCUGAGAGGACUUAUGGUUUUGUCUCCGUCCGUCCGUCACACUUUUCUGGAUCCUGCGAUAAUUUUAAAAGUUCUUAAUAUUUGUUCAUGAAACUUGGAACAUAGAUAGAUGGCAAUAUGGACAUAAUGCACGUCAUUUCAUUGCGUUCCGACGUAAAGAAUUCUGGUAGCUAUGGCAACAAAUAGACAAGACAUACUGCUGAAAAUGGUGGUUUUCUGGAUCCUGCGAUAUCUUUUAAAGUUCUUUAUAUUUUGUCAUGUAACUUGAAACAUGGAUAGAUGGCAAUAUGGACAUUAUGCACGUCAUUUCAUUUCGUUCCGACGUCAAAAAUUCUGGUUGCUAUGGCAACAAAUAGACUAGAAAUACUGCUGAAAAUGGUGGUUUCUGGAUCCUGCAAUUACUUUUAAAGUUUUAAUAUUUUUUCAUGAAACUUGAAACAUUGAUAGAUGGCAAUAUGGACAUUAUGCACGUCAUUUCAUUUUGUUCCUAAAUAAAAAAAAUUGGUUGCUAUGGCAACAAAUAUAUAUAUAUAUAAAUCUGGAAUAUCUGACAAUGGUGGAGCCGGUAGGGGACUUAUAUUGCUAGACAAUAGUCUUGUUUUAAAAAAAUUCGUAAAUUUGUAAAGCUACCAAUUCCUCAUUUCGAGUCCUUAAUAUACUACUGCCCACCAUUUGUCAGACUAAAAUGAAAAGUUUACAGAAUAAUUUAAGUCAUAAAUGAACAACAAUUGAAUACUUUGUAAACUUGAGUCAGCUGGAACUUGUUAAUACAAAUGUUUCAAGGUUUGUGGGAUUUUUUUUUUAAACCUUGUUUCGCAAACCAGUGUUUUGCACACAUAAAUUUUCCAAUGUAUCAUUUUCAUGGAUUCACAAUAUACAUAAUUUGAUGUGUGCAUGAUAUGGAUGGUUUCUCAUGUCAUUACUGAUUAGUAAUUAACUUACUUUUAAUGUUAUAUAAUUAAUUUGGUAUGUGAAACAUGAACAUAAUUGUUGCAUGAAAUUAGAAUAUUUUGUUUGUUUUGCGUUAUGUUGUGGGUUUUUGUAAACAUUUUUUUCUAAAUUUUAGGUAAGCGUACUUAUGUUUCAGCACUGCUGUAAUUUCAAACCUUUUAUUGCCACUCUUAGAUUUGUAUCAGCCUGUACUUUUCAAAUGAUUGAUUAUUUCACAGAUGAAACCACAAGAAAAAUCUGCAGAUACAAACAUUUCUCCAGUUACCCAAAAUAAAAUGAGCCAUGUUCUUUGAAAACUGGGUUUCAUGUGCAUAUAUAUUAGCAUGUCAAGUCUGCUUAGGCUAAUCAGGGACUGCACUUUCCGCUUUUACAAAAUUUUCGUCUCUUCUAAACAAAAAUCCACUUGGGACUGCACAUGCUAAUCUUGAAUGACACUUAAAGCACAUGCAUUAAGCCCAGUUUUCGUAGAACUUGGCUAAUAUGGUAUCAGCUGGUAUCAGUUUGCAUUUCCCAGUUUAAAAGAUGGUUGGACAAUUUAAAUUCCGCUCAUUACUCAAAGAUGAUUGAACUGCAGUUUCAACACAUAGACAAUCACCUGUUAAAAAAAGAGAUAAAAUCCACGUGAUUAUGAUGACUGACUGAAUUUCUUGGCUGUAGAAUGUUUGCUUUUUUUAAGAGAUUCAAUCCUGAAAUGAAAAUGUACUGUCUGUAAACUCCACGCUAUAAUAACUUGUAAAACAGUUCAAUCAUAUAUUUGAAGAAUUUCUUUCUUGAACAGACUUCAAUACUCAUAACUAUUGGGGAACAGUACCCUUUAAAUGCUUCAAGUGUUUGCUGAUAACAUACUAGACGUCUCUACAUAACUUUGACCUAUAAUAAUUAGUAUGUAGGUUAUACAAAAACUAUAUUUUCCUGCAUGAUCAUUAUUAAUGUCAGACAAGCAGUUAACUUCCUUUUUUUCGAUAUAUAUUACUAUUUUACAAUACAAGGUACAUGGUUAGGAUUUCAUACAGUACAUGGGGAUAACCCCGUCUACACUAAAUGUUUGCAGAAAAAUGAUAUUUAAAAAAGACUCGAGUUCCAAUAUCAAUUUAUUAUGUUGUAAAUAUACUUUGUAUGGAAACUUCAGUAGAGUAAUUCAUACCGAAGUUAUCCUAUCUCAUAGAAUACUGGUUGUAUUGAUUAUCGCAUUAUCUGCGACAGAGUGAGACUAUUGUUAUUGAAAGUGCUUGCCAAACUUUUAUGUUCAUGGUAUAUUGAUGAUACUGCAAAAAUAAAGAGUAAACAUAUA